UAGUAUCGGCGACAUGAAACCCAAAUAUACAUGGAUUGGUCUAGACAGUGGAUUCGUUUUAUUUUCGUAUUUUCUUCUCCAAACACAAUUAUAUAUUCAAAAACGUAUGACAUUUUAAAGAAAAAAGAUAAUGACAUUUGAAUGAUAAAAUAUCGAUUUUGUAUUCCCUUGAAAAGAAACAUUUUAUACGCGGUAUUUUUAUUACAGGCCAAUUGGUGGAAUAGCCAGUUAUAUUUUCCCCUAACAGUAUGCUGAUAGGAGCGAUACACAACGGAACGAAAACACGUGAAUGUUGGGACCACGGAACUCGACUUCGAUUCUGUUUUCAUGGAACAUCUUAGUGUUCAGGGGGGUAACCCUCAUUUGCAAAGGGUUUUGAAAAGCUAUCAAACUGCUGCUAUGAGGAGUUUGCAAGGUCCAGGGCCAACUGUUUUUCCUACGUUACUCUCCGAUAUGGCUGAGCGAUACAGAAAGGCUUUGGUUAAAAAACUGCCAACUGUAGACAAACUAGAUUUUGGAUCUUUACGCGCCCCGCCACCGUUUCCUAUUCAACAUUUUGGACCGGUAUUUUCUCCUAUGGACACUGGUAAAAGUGAAAAAUUAGACACUCUUUUAGAAGACGAAAAGAUCGCCUGUUUCAGUGUCGGAGGAGAGAAAAGGUUGUGUCUGCCCCAGAUAUUGAAUACCGUGUUGCGGGAAUUUAGCUUGCAACAGAUAAAUGCAGUUUGUGACGAAUUGCAUAUCUAUUGCUCUAGAUGCAAUCCCGAGCAAUUGGAACUAUUAAAAGUGACUGGUAUUUUACCACUCAGUGCACCGAGUUGUGGUUUGAUCACAAAGACAGAUGCUGAACGUCUGUGCAAUGCAUUACUUCACAGGUCAGCAGAAAGAUACUCAAAACCACCUUCACGGGACAGCUUCAAAGUGUAUCAUGAGUGUUUUGGAAAAUGUAAAGGGAUUUUUCACCCUGACAAUUACAAUAAUGCCAGUGAUAAAUGUAUUCAGUGCUGUGACUGCAUGGGGAUUUUCAGUCCACAAAAGUUUGUGGGCCACUCACACAAGUCACAGGAAAAUAAUACCUGUCACUGGGGGUUUGAUUCCUCCCAGUGGAGGUCCUAUCUUCUCCUUGCAAAGGAUCAGGAGGGAAAAGACAAGUUACAGAGAGAGCUAGAGAAAAUGAAGUCGAAAUUUGACAAUAGUCGCAAAAGAAGACAGGUCAGUGACUCCUUGAGCGAUCUGAAACGGUCAAAGGGUGACGAUGGGGAGUAUACCUCAUGGGGUGAGGGAACAGGACAAGUAGGGGGGUCUGCGUUCAGACCCUGGUCCCCAGGAAUGAUCAAUGCCAUGAAGGACAACAAAGGCUUGCCUGAGCCACCUGCUAUCAUGAGAGAAAUGUCCAGUGAGACAACACCCUCGUAUUUACACAGAGGCCCGCCAGUAUUGCUGAACCCUGAGAGAGUUGUAACAGAUGCAGAUACAAAAUCAUAUGAAAGAGGCUUUGCUCCUAAUGUGUCUCUAGCACCACAUCAACCCAAAAUUAAUGUGGACGAUAUCAGUGAUGAUGAGGGAAACACAGUACCUAUCUCACCUGUUGCUACCUGUAGUAAGCCCGACUACAAGGAAUGGGACCUCCCCAGUGAGUCGGAUGAUUCAUCUCAAACCUCAGAUGGUGAAGAGAGCAAAUCUAAUGAAGUGUGUAGCACUUUGGAGAAAGAACUUGAGCUGAUUCACAAAGCAUUGGAUGGAAAAAUAGGUUCCUCAAAGGAAGAGAAAGAUGGAUUUUUACGAGAGUUCUCCAAACUGAGGGUUACCAGUCAAGAGCAGCUCAAUACAGCCCAACAGGACAAAAGGAGACUUAAACAGGAACUUGCAUCAUGCAAGGCCUCCACAAAGGAGAGGAUGUUAAAGUUAUCUGAGCGUAAUGCAAGUUUGGAAAAAGACAUUGAGCGUGUUCGUAUUGAGUCGGAAUGCCGCUUAGAGGAGGCUCAGGAGGACAAAGAAGCGCUUCACAAAGAAAUCAAACGCCUACAAGACCAGGAAGAGGCAGAGGCCUCCAAAUACCUGACGGUGAAUCGAGAACUUCAAACUCGCCUCCGGCAAUAUGAAGUGGCCUACGAACAGCUGUACUUUGACUGCUUGUACCUACAAGAGGAGCUGAAACGAAACAGUAUCAUCAUUCCCGAUGUGAUGGCCAAAAAGUUUACAGAACAGUUAGCACCCCUCUCUAAGGUGGUCCCCCACCACUCACCCUCCCGGAAAAACUCCCUGUCCCCCGAGGGGAAGCCGAUCGGGAUUAAGAAGGAAAGGGACACAUAGCAGACUACACUAUUGAAUACACUGCCCGAUUUAAAGCAACUUCUGUUCUCAAAAAGAGCAAAAAAUAAUGACUGCUGUUAUCUGAAGAUAGAUUUCUUACUCUUGCAGUGAGCAGUUGUUUUGUACAAAUAUUGAUUGGGAGACAUUGGCCCAAAUUUCAUUAAAGAAGAAUCAGACCCAAAGAAACUGGCACUUUUAAAGCUGUAAUUGUUUCUAGUUGGAAGUCUCCAGUUUUAAUUUGAUUAUAGAUUAGAUGUCUUGCAGUUACCAUGCUCCUUGCCAAACCUGAAAUGAAAUCAAAUUCGAUUUAGUGUCGCUGAUGGUUGGAGUAGAGACUGCAAGAUUCCAGUGUCUUUGUGGGUGUUCAGAGAAUUUUGCAUUAUAUAAUCUGUAUUUUUAAUUGAUUUUCCUAGAAAGGUUCUUCCUUAAGGCAUCUUUCUUCCCACAAUUGCAUUAAAUGAAUCAUCCAGUAAUUCUCUUUAUUUAUGGCUAAAUACUUUUAUUUCUAUAAAAAGUAGAAAGAAAUCUCAGUUCUACAGGGGGUUGAUAUUUGCAAUUUUUGAAUGCAGUACAUAUUAUAUUGGAGUGGUUUUUUUUCCUUCAGACAUAAUUUAUUGCUAAGGUUGGUCAUGUAUAGUUGUUUUUUUUUAUGGAGAUUGAACAGGCAUCAAAUUCUUUUUUGUUUUUCUUUUUUUUUUCCAAAUUGUGCUGAAAUUGACUUUAGUGCUUUUAGAAUUGUAUGAUAUUUUAUUUCCUUUGUAUCUUUUUAAUGAAGUGCUAUAUUUACACUACAUGGUGAAUCAUGAUUUUCUUCAGCCAUUUGAGGGAAGUUGUUUUAACUCUGGACAGGGAAAGACAACUGUGAUGUGUAGUGCGAUGAAAUAUUGUCAUGAUUUUAUCAGUAUUGUUAGCAUAGGUGUUACAUUUAGAUAUACCAAGGGCACCUGUUGAUGCUCAGUGACAAAGGAUGAUUUUUUUUCCUUAAAUGUUUGGCAUGUAGCAUACAUGACUGGGAAAUGUACAUUCCCCUUAAAAUUGCCAAAAUUUAUGUGAAAUUUAUAUUUGUCUACAGCUGAUUAGCUGGUGCUUUGGAAUAUGUCACUGUUCAUGAUUCUGAACUGCUAUAGUUGCACAUCCAUACAUGUAAUCUGUAUGUGUGUCAUGAAUGCUUUUUUUAUUAUUGUGAAGAUGUAAAUUUUAUAUCAUGUAGUUUCUUUGUUCAAAAAGAAAUUGCAUCUGCAUCACACUGUCAUAUAAAUAUGUAUGACAAAGAAUUAUAUAUAUAGAUGUAUAUUUAUUAUUAGAUGAUUGACAUUUUUUUAGAAUGCACUCAUUCAAGGUUUCAAGUUUUCCCUUCCUUCAUUUUUGUUUCAUACUUAAAAGAAUCAUAUAACAUUUAUUGAAAUGGACUAAUUUACAUUUGUUGUAAAUGAUUCAUAUGUAGGAUUAUAUUUUCAGAGUGAAGGGAAAAUGUGAAACUAAUUUUAAUCAUUCAUGUAUUAUAGAAACGAAACAGACAAAUGGCAAUUGAAGACCUCUAUUUUAUUGAGCCUACUAUUGUAAAUCUAUUGUGUUUGUACAUUACGGGUCCCCUUAUAUCUUUGUAGUUGUCAAGCUUUUUUUGUGGUGCUAUCAUUUAACUACACAUUUCAUUGGAUUAUUAGUAAAAAGGUUUCCAGUAAAGAAUGAUAUGAACUAAUCAUUGAUAGGGCUACAGUAGAUCAGGGUGAUUGUUUUAAAUUAAGUAUUCAUUUAAGGCAAGUAUUGAAUUGAUUUUACAUACAUUUUUAUUAUUAUUAUUAUUAUUUGUGCAACGCAUUUGAGAUCUAUUGGUAGAUCAGCGGUCAAAGGUUGUCGGGUACCGGUGAUAUGUGGCGGAGAUGUAGGCAAUGUUCUCAUUGGACAGAUUUUUAAUACACUUUGCGACCCUGUGCAAUCCUUAUAGGUCUGGCUGUGUUGUCUUCCACCCCUGUAAAUCAAAAUUUCAUCUAUAUAUUCAACUUUGAUUGAGACUAUGUCAUUUCUCAUAGGUAUAAGUGUAUAUAUCAUCAUAUAUCAAAAUAUGUUUGUCACAUGUCUGCAUUCAUAGACUUAUGGAUGUCAUUUUUGAACUAUAAUUGGAAGUACAGGUGAUCACUCCCUUUAUUUGGCAGCAGCGUAUUGAAGCAAAUUGAAGGCUCUUUCCAUCAGAGGCAGCAUAUAUUAUCUGCUGUGUAUUAGGAGAGCAAGAAUUUUAUACAUAAAGAAGAGCUACUAUUUAAGAUUUUUUCGUAAAUGUUUUGGAGUAAAACUACAUCUUUGAUAAAUGUUUCAUAUGUGAUGGAUGUUUCCAAUUGAAAUGAUCUAUUGAUCUUAUUCGUCACAGACAGGGACAUUUGUCACUAUAAGGUGCUCAUCAAAGUGCAACCUAACUUCUUGGAGGGAGUUCACUCCCCCCUCAAGUUAGACAGAGGCCUGUACUACACUAAGGGCAAGAACUCUUGUGAUAUAUAUGUCAUCUGUGGUCAGUUUGCUCAUAUUUUCAUUAGUCUAUAUUUUUUAGUGACCGAAAGUUGUACAUGUAUUUCUAGAAUACAGAUUUGUUGGAAAAACAGUUGGUGACAUUGUCUUAUUUCACAUCUUUAUAUGAUCAACAUAUGUCUAUAAAUACUUAGAUGUUGUAAUUUAUUGACUGGCCAGUAUGCUUCUGAAUUUCAACAGAAAUACUUCAAAGAACAAUAAGUAUAAAAUUAUAUUGAUUUAAAAUAACAGUAAUUUAGUACAGUGUUGUUUGGUUUUCUUUACCUUUCGAAGCAUUCAACUUGUUGUUCUAAAAAACCUUAACUUAAAUUUUCAGUGUUGUCCACAUGUGUAAGGAUUUGUAUUCUUAUCUGUUGUCAUGUGAAUAUUCUGAUACACCCCCCCCCAUUGUUCUUAUAAUUCAAAGACAUUCUGUUGAGCCUUUCCCCCCUCUGAGCCUAGAACUUGUGUUAUUGCAGACUUCUGCAUGUGUCUGAAAAUUGUUACUGUGUACCAGUUUCUUGUUUCAUGUAUGCAUAGAUUGUUCUCCCAUAUGUGUGUUUAAGGUGUAUGAGCAUUUAUUUAGACUAUAGCUCUCACUGUACUGUACAGAAGAUAGAUGCUCCUAUCGUUGUGGGAGAAUUUAGUCACUUUAUACUUACUCAUUUCAUUCUGUUAUACCUAUUGUUUUCCACUCUUUGAAUGGCCAGUGUACUGUGUGAACAAAGAUACCCUUCAUCAUAUUAUCAUUUGUUAAACAAAAAAAUUUUCCCAUGGAUCUUUGGCUAUGUAAACUAAUAAGAGAGCAAUACAAGUGCUUUGUUAUUUUUUCCCCUUUAUAUGCUUAUUUAUGAACUUUUCAAGAAUUACCAUAUCAGAAACUUUGGGCAUUUUUUAAAUGUUAUGGCAUACAUACCUCAUUUAUGCUGUAUAUAUGAUUUUUUCAGUUCAUUUCACUCUCUGUUUUUGAUUUGAAUUUCUGCAUGAAAUUUGGUAAUUCAUGUAGUAUGCUCCCAUCUAAGUCCGUAGCUCACUGACCGAGUGCAAGGUUGUGAUUUGAUUAGCUGUAGUACAUUGUUUCAACACAAAGCAGUUACAUGUAUAUUUGGACAGAAGCAUUACAUUUGCUGUGUUUGUUUCACUGUAUUUUGCAGUAAUAUUUAUCGGUAUGAAUCUGCAAUUGUGGUUUGUAACAUGUUUUGCAGAGUCAUAUUUAAGAUUUGCACUUGAUUUUGCUGGUAUAAUUUGUUGUGUCCAAAUUCUUUCAACACUUUUAAGGGGAAAAAAGGAUUUCACUUUUAAUGGCUUUUGUUUACCCGGUGUUAAAUAAUGAAAUGGCAUACUUGUACAAGAAAAACUUGUAUUUGGGAUUAUUUUUAUUUGUCCAAGGAAAUAUUAAAAACAAUUUGUUUGUAUUUGAGUUCUAUAACACUUUUUAGCUCACCUGAGCCAAAGGCUCAAGUGAGCUUUUCUGAUCACAAUUUGUCCGUUGUCUGUCGUUGUCGUCGUUGUCGUUGUCGUUGUUGUCGUUGUUAACUUUUCACAUUUUCAUCUUCUUCUCAAGAACCACGGGGCAGAUUUCAACCAAAUUUGGCACAAAGCACCACUAGGUGAAGGGGAUUCAAGUUUGUUCAAAUGAAGGGCCACGCCCUCUUUAAAGGGGAGAUAAUUGAGAAUUAUUGAAAAUUUGUUGGUAUUUUUCAAAAAUCUUCUUCUCAAAAACUAUUUGGCCUGAAAAGCUAAAACUUGUGUGGAGGCAUCCUCAGGUAGUGUAGAUUCAAGUUUGUUCAAAUCAUGGUCACCGGGGGUAGGGUGGGGCCACAUUUGGGGGAUCAAGUUUUACAUAGGAAUAUAUAGAGAAAAUCUUUAAAAAUCUUCUUCUCAAAAACUAUUAGGCCAGGAAAGCUCAAAUUUGAGUGGAAGCAUCGUCAGAUAGUGUAGAUUCAAGUUUGUUCAAAUCAUGGUCCCCGGGGGUAGGGUGGGGCCAAAAUCGGGGGAUCAAGUUUUACAUAGGAAUAUAUAGAGAAAAUCUAUAAAAAUCUUCUCAAAAACAAUUAGGCCAGAAAAGAUCAAAUUAAAAUGGAAGCAUCCUCAGAUAGUGUAGAUUCAAAUUUGUUCAAAUCAUAGUCCCUGGGGGUAGGGUGGGGCCACAAUGGGGGGAUCAAGUUUAACAUAGGAAUAUAUAUUAAAAUUCUUCUUCUCAAAAACUAUUAGGCCAGAAAAGCUCAAAUUUAAAUGAAAGCAUCCUCAGGUAGUGUAGAUUCAAGUUUGUUCAAAUUAUGGUCCCUGGGGGUAUGGUGGGGCCACAAUGGGGGAUCAAGUUUUACAUAGGAAUAUAUAGAGAAAAUCUUUAAAAAUCUUCUUCUCAAAAACUAUAUGACCAAGAAAGCUCAAAUUGGCGGGUAACCAUCCUCAGAUAAUGUAGAUUCAAGUUUGUUCAAAUCAUGGUCCUUUGGGGUAGGGUGGGGCCACAAUGGGGGAUACAUUUUUAUACAUAGAGAAAAUCUCUAAAAAAAAUCUUCUUCUCAAAACUAUUAGGCCAGGAAAGCCCGAAUCUGAGUGAGAGCAUUUCCAAAUCUUGUAGAUUCAAGUUUGUUAAAAUAAUAGUCCAGUGGUAUGGUGAGGCCACAGUGGGGGAUGAAUUUUUACAUAGGAAUAUAUAGAGAAAAUCUUUAAAAAUCUUCUUUUUAAAGACCAUUUGGCCAGAAAAGCUUUAACUUGUGUAGAGGCAUCCUCGGGGAGUGUAAAUUCAAAAUCACAGUCCCUAGUGGUAGGGUGGGGCCGUGAUGGCGGUUUGAAUUUUUACAUAGGAAUAUAUAGAGAAAAUCUUUAAAAAUAUUCUGGGAAAGUUUUUCGGUCCAAAACUCAGUACUUAGUGUGAAAGCACAGGUUAUGCAGAUAUAAGUUUGAUGAAACCAUGAUACCCUAGAGAAAAGUGGGGCCACAAAAUGGGGGGGGGGGGGUAUAUAGGAAUAGAGAAAACUCUUUUUACAGGUACAACAACAAAAGGGGCUUGGUAUUUACCAAAAGAAAGAGCUGGAUAAAAAUUGGUAGAUUUUCAAAUUUUUUUUUAGCAAGAUCUACUGUACUUGGUUGUCAAGAUAGUUUGAUACUGUAAUGCUAAUUUGAUCAGAAUUAAGGCAAUUGUUGCUCAGGUGAGCGAUGUGGCCCCUGGGCCUCUUGUUAAACUUUGUAAUAUGAAAAGAAUAGUUAAAUACCAUAAAAAACAAACGUAACAAGUCUUGGAAUGUUUGGUUAAUAUAUUGUUACAAUAGGUAAAAAUUAUUUUGUUAAUUGAUUCUUCCAAUUAUUUUUUUCUGUUGAUAGGGCAGAUUUGAAUGUCAUAUCUUAAGCAUGUUGAUUUUGGUAUAUAUGAGUAUACUACAAUGUUAUAUUAGUUGUUCAGGCCUGCCUAUGCUUUUAGAGGAGCACUAUUCUUGUUCACCAGGUGUUUAUUUUUGUUGACAGUUCAUUACCAUGACUGAGCAAUUAAAAUGUCUGUUAUAUUGUG